UAGACGUCUUUCUUUCUCCGUAAAGGUUUUCGCGCUCCCCCGUCGUCCGACCGUACCCGUGGAUUCAUUCUGUCGAUGCUCACGCAUGAAACGACCAGAACGUGCUUCGAGAAUUUUUAUCCGUUUGCUCAAAUUCGGGUGGUGCUGUUUGAAGCUUUUGGGCAGUUGUGGUUGCCCUCCUGCUGGUGACGGUGAUUUUUGGGUAAAAGGCCCGUUAACGGGCGAGAAGCUGUCGCGGACCGGUACAUUAAAGCAGAAAAGGCGAAAGGUAGUCGGAACCGGCGAUACAUGAUAGCAAAUAUUUCUUAUUUUUGCACUGAAUGAUGAUGAAAGACCUAACGAAGAUGAUGAAGAUGAUGAUGGUGGUGCAGGGUGUGGGCAUCGUUGAUCAGUGAAGUGUGAAUAUUGUGUUUGAAUAGAAACGCCGUGCCAUCCGAGGACCAGCAGACGGCUCAAUUAGGGGAGGACCCUCAACAUUGGAGACGGAUCGUUCCGCAGAUUAUCUUCUUUUUUCUUGUGAUAGGAGGCAGCAGGCACUUCGACGUGUACGAUGUACGGUAUGCUGCUGGAGAGUGUUCAGCACUUUGUGCAGCUCGAAUAUGGUGAAAUCAUAUGGAAGCAAGCGUUACAGACAACCGGCUGCAAGUUUACCGUGUUCAACACGUACCAGCAAUAUCCGGAUAGCCUUAUCCCGGACCUGGCGGCAGCUUUAUCGGCCAUUACCGGGAAAAGUAUCGACGAUUUUAUGAUAUUCUUCGGGCGGUGCUUCGUUCGGUUCUUCAGCAAUUUUGGAUAUGAUGAGCUGAUCAAGGCUACCGGGAGAUAUUUUUGCGAUUUCCUCCAUUCGAUGGAUAACAUCCAUCUGCAGAUGCGGUUCACGUACCGUAAGAUGAAAAGCCCCUCCAUGCAGUUGACCGAGGUGGAUGAGCAUGGAGCGGUGUUGGUCUACAGGAGCACUCGGUCCGGGUUUUCCAAGUAUCUGCGCGGCCAGCUGAUGGAGAUUGCCAAGCAGCUGUACAAUAUGGAAGUGACGAUCAAGGUGCUGGAGAGCCAGAAUGAUGUGCCCGGUGGGACGGCUGGACCGAUUUCGAUACAGGGAGGGCUGAAGACGGUGAUUGUUAAGUAUCGGCUGGACUUCGACAACAAGGAAUACAUGCAACGACGAGUCCACAUCAACGCUCACCCAUCGCAGCUUCAGCUGCCCCCGGUGAGCAGCAGUGUGCUACUGGAUCUGUUCCCGUUCGCGUUGAUCCUCAACGAGCAGAUGCGUAUCACCGCAGCCGGUGAGAAGCUCAUCGAAUCGUGGAUUCUCAACAACACUAACCGUUCACCGACGGAGCUGAUGGGCGCUAAGGUGACCGAACACUUCAAGCUCCGGCGACCUACGGGAAUUACGUUCACCUGGGAGAAUUUGAAACGUUUCCAGACGGUGAACUUUGAAAUUCAACUGCUGAAGGGUUCAACGAUUAAUGGAGCGGCCGAAACUGCCCACGCCUCAGCCGAUCUCAAACCGUCCCAACCGGAACCGGACGAUCCGGCCAAUUUGAUAUCUAUGGCACGUCGGGGUUCGCAGGGUCUGAGGAGUAUCCUGCUGAAAGGGGAGAUGCGAUACAUCAAGGAUAUCGAUUCAGUGGUGUUUCUCUGUAGUCCUCUGAUUAACAACUUGGAGGAACUGCGAGAGGUUGGGUUGUAUCUUAAUGAUCUGAACACGCACGGUCUCAGCAGGGAGAUGGUAUUCUCCGGAUUUUCACACAACUCCCGGCUUGAUCUGAUGUGUGAGCGUGAGGAAAAGCGAGCUGAAGAGCUGGAAACGUCGUUGGCCUUGGCCGAUUCGUGGAAACGGCAGGGUGACGAGUUGUUGUACUCGAUGAUCCCUAGGUCGAUAGCUGAACGGCUGCGAGAAGGGCAGAAUCCUCUGGAAACAUGUCAGAGCUUUGAGGAAGUGACUGUUCUGUUUGCAGAAAUUCAGGAAUCGCUUAUGUCCGAUGACUCGAUCAAGUACGCGAUGACGACAGUGAACACGUUGAAUUCGGCCUUUUCCGCAUUUGACGAGUUGAUACAGUCACCGAUGGCGUACAAGGUCGAGACAGUAGGCAAGGUCUAUAUGGCGGUAAGUGGAGCGCCAGAUGCUAAUCCUUGCCACGUACAGCACACGGCCGAUCUGGCGUUGAGGAUGCUCCAGAGCAUCCACGACCUGAACCUGCCGGGAGUUGGAGUGAAAAUUGGAUUCCAUACCGGACCGAUCGUGGCCGGAAUUGUUGGGUUGAAAGUGCCACGCUUCUGUCUGUUUGGCGAUACGGUCAAUACAUCAUCCAGAAUGGAGAGCAGUAGCGAUAUUAACAAGAUCCAAGUUUCCGGAUACACGGCCAACAAGCUGAAGAAGUAUGGCUUCAAACUGACAUUCCGCGGGAAGGUGGCCGUGAAGGGAAAGGGAGAGAUGGAAACGUUCUGGCUAGAAGCCGGUCCCAGCGGUUCUGGGAAAAAGCUCAUCAAGAAAAAGUAAACUGCUAGGACUAUCGCACUCUAGGGGAUAACUAGCUUCGAAUGUGCCUUCACGUCUGCAAUUACACUCAAUAGGACUCAAUUUACAAGCUCACAAAGACUUUCACUUAUGUAGUAGUAGAUUAUUGAAAUGAAUAAAUGUGUCUAUAUCUCUACUGUUGUGAUCUAAA